AUGUCCAACGACGACAGCCUCAUGCCGACACUCCAGUACCUGACCGAUGCAGCGUACCUCACCAUGACCCGGUCGCCCACCGUCUCGGCCCGCCUCAUGCGCCAGCGCAGCAACCUCCUGUUCCAGAACGACUUGAGCCCAUCCCCGGUGCAGCGCCAGCUCUCAUGCGGAGCCUGCGGGACCAUCCUCAUCCCCGGGAUGGGCAGCACUACCGUCAAGCUCGAGCCUCGUCGCACCCACGCUCGUCGCACCCACGCUCGUCGCACCCACGCUCGUCGUAUCCAGAGUGGCAGCAGCAGCAGCAGCAGCAGCAGCAGUGGCGGUGACGCUAAAAACAGCGACAGCAACACCAAGACCAACAGCAAGCCAAGCUCAAGUUCAACGAGAUCCUGCGGUGUUGCGGCCACAAAAAGGGGCACCGACAAGGCCAUCCGCUGCAGUCGAUGCAGAAAGACGACCCGUAUUGACCUCGGAGCUCCGCCGCCGGCAUCCCGCCCGAAGAAGACCAAGGUCGGCGGCGGCAAGCCUGCUGCUGCUGCUGCCGCUGCAAAGGGCACCGCCUCUGCUUCGCCUCUUCCAGAGAACAAGUCGGCAAACGCUAGCAGCAAGAAGCGUGCAAAGAACCGGAGAGCUGGACUGCAGGCUCUUCUUGCCGGUCAUCAGCAGCAGAAGAAUAGCAGUCCGCUCAGUCUGGGGAGCUUUCUGAAGAGAUGA